AUGGCUCUACAGAACCUUGUGUUUGCGUGUUUUUUCUUUGCCGGUUCCAUACGUUUUAGCACCGGUCAUGCCAUUUCGUCAGACUACAACGUCGGCGACGAGGAAACCACCGUUGAUCCCUCAACAACAACAUCAUCAUCCUCAGUUGUCUUCAUGAACAGAGCGGAUUAUAGAGAACUACGCCUUGAACACAUUCGACGUGAAAUAUUACAACGUUUGGGAUGGAGAGAACCGCCCAAGAUAAACAGCCAAUCAGUGGCGGAUGUUCGCCAGGUCCUUGCCAGUGAAUACAAUAAUUUAUUACACGCCAACCAGCUGACAGAAGAGAGACGCUGUUUCUCCACGUCAUGUAACUUGCAUCGAAACAUCAACACGACACUGUGGUCUAACCGAAACAGUCUGGGCUGGCGAUUGUACACGGGCGGGACGGCCCGUCUCAAGAACUCCAUACGCAAUGUCGUCACGGCACAACUGAAACUGUUCCUACGAAUCCCCGAAGGUUUCCGAUGUAACAACUCGACGAACGUGACGGCGAGUUCCAGCGCUCGUUUCCUGGUGUCUGUCUACCAGUUCAUCCGUCCGCUCAGAAUGAGAACGCAGAGAACACGCAGGCGAAUUCAGAACAGAAAGCGAAUGAUAGAUGCCCGGAUGGUUAGUUCCCACAACCAGUGGGUGUCGCUAAACGUGAAGACGGCCGUCUCUGAAUGGGUAACUGAACGGAGACAUAAUUAUGGCUUCGAGAUCGGAGUGCGGGAUGAAAGCGAGAACGAGUGUAAUGCCUCGGUGAUGUUUGUACCUGUAAUCUGCGACAGGCCAGUCGAAAUGGGCUGUGUAGAGGAAGAUGUGAACACAACUCCCAUUUUUACUCCCAUUUUGCCCUGGGCCCGACCGGAUGUGGAGACGAACUUUCCUUAUUUGGAGGUUUCCUACAACGUCAGGCGACGAACGUCACGUGACACGAGUCACGUGGUGCAGGGAUCUUUCCAGAACGAAUCCCCAUUGGAUCUGGGACAUAAUCAAUGUUUUGGAGUGAAAACUCGUAUUGAGAUAAAGGAAAAAUGGAUUUUGAGCCCGAGUCAUUUUACUUCACUGGUUUGUUCUGGCACGUGCAAGAAGCAACAAACAGACAAGAACAUGGAGACCUGCCACUCGACAUCCACAAGGCAACUUGAAGGGCUCUAUCUGAAUGACAGACUCCGAGUACAACGUGGACUUCUACCGUACACGCAGGUGCUGGAAUGUGGAUGCCGAUCACACGACGUUCACGUACUAUACAGACGAUAA